AUGGGUGGUUUGACUUUCGCACGGGGCCUCAUCCUGAUUGUAACUGCUUCUUGCAUGUUGGCAGUUAGUACGGCCGACAAGAAUCACAAGAUCAUUGUGGGCGGCUCCGAAGGCUGGAAAUUCAACUUUAGCUACACUAGUUGGGCUGAAAAAAAUGGCCCCUUUUACGCCGAUGAUACAUUGGUUUUCAAGUAUGAUGCUCCGGUAGACAAUAACUCAAUUCCUCACAAUGUAUUCUUGCUACGAAACCAUGAGAGCUUCGAAAAGUGCGAUUUAAAAGGAGCGAAGUUGCUGGCCGACGAGAAACAAGGAGGUGGCGACGGCUUCGAGUUCGUGCUGAAAAAGUGCAAGCCUCACUACUUUGCUUGUGGUGUGCACGAAGGCGCCCAUUGCAACUUUGGAAAGAUGAAGUUCUUUGUCGAGCCACUGCACCGUCCCUCGUAAUUGGUUUAGAUAAUAGAUAUAGAAAGUGACAUGUUUAUUUAUUUUUUAUUUUUAUUUAUCCAUCCUUGUGAUUGAGAUAAUUGUGAAUAAAUGUACCUAAUGUGACUUGGU